AAAAAACAGAGCAAGAGACCACGACCCACUCACCCAGAGAGAGAGUGUGUGUGUGUGUUUGAGGAGAGGGAUAGAGAGAGCUACAGAGAGAGUAGCAAGCAUCAAAAAUCUGAAGAAAGUAAAUGAGGGAAGAAGGAAUAAGCUCGUCGGGAGACCCAUUACUCUUCCGCAAUUCGUCUCCUCGUCCUCCCACCCCCGCUGCCAGUUCUGCUGGGGCAUCAUCACCUGCUGUUGCCACUAAUGCUGGUAGUACAGAUUGGUUAGGUCAUGGUCAAGGACAGGGGUCAAAAGUAGGUUCUCUAUCUCGAAUUGGUUCACAACCCAUGUGGAUUUCAUUGAGUGCAAGUGCAUGUGGUUCAGUUCUUGGCUCAUCUCAGCCUUCAUGUAGACCAUGGGAAAGGGGUGAUCUUUUAAGGCGAUUGUCUACAUUUAAGCCUGCAAAUUGGUUUGGAAAGCCUAAGACUGCUAGUUCUCUUGCCUGUGCAAGAAGAGGUUGGGUGAAUGUGGAUAUUGAUAAGAUUGAAUGUGAAUCUUGUGGUGCCACCUUGAAAUACGUUGCUCCAGAUUCAUGGACUCCUACAGAAGGUGAGAAUCUUGGAGAAGAGUUUGCCAAUCAACUUGAUGAAGGGCAUAAAGUAAUUUGCCCUUGGAGAGGAAAUAGUUGUGCUGAAAGCUUAGUGCAGUUUCCUCCUACACCUCCAUCAGCUCUCAUAGGUGGCUACAAAGAUCGUUGUGAUGGAUUAUUCCAAUUUCUUUACCUCCCAAUUGUUGCUUCUUCCACACUUGAUGAAAUGAGGGUUUCUAGAGGCCCUGAAAUUGACCGAUUUUUGGUUCAAUCAUACACUUUCACCCCUGGUGAAUCUGGUUGUAAAGCAGACAUUGCAUCUGGUUCUGAGAAUAAUAAAGAAGACGCCUUAUGCAUAUAUUCACGUGCUCAGAAGUUGAUAAGCCUUUGUGGAUGGGAGCCAAUUUGGGUUCCAAAUAUUCAAGACUGUGAAGAACAUUCUGCUCAAUCAGCUAGAAACGGAUACUCUUUCAAAACCCCCCUUGUGGGCCCCACUCCCACAUCAAGAUCCCCUCUCUUAGACUGCAGCUUAUGUGGCGCCACAGUCAGAAUCUUUGACUUUUUGACCAUCACCCGCCCUUCCCGAUUCACCCCCAACACAACCGAUGUUCCCGAAACAAGCAAGAAAAUGACACUGACACGUGGCGUAAGCGCAGCAAGUGGAAUCAACGGAUGGGUAGCUGACCUUGAUGACGUGGCAGCCACAGGUGAAGGUAAGUCAAUGUCAAACAUCGGAGGAGUUGACUUAGAUCUCACAAUGGGAGGUGGAUUCUCAAUCUCAACAAAAACUAUACUAUCCGAACAAUACCAAGAUCCGAAUAACAUCGGUAAAGACUUAGCCAUCGGGCAGCCUUCGGGCAGCGAGGUCGGUGAUCGGGCAGCUUCAUACGAAUCCCGCGGGCCCAGCACGACCCGAAAAAGAAACCUUGACGAAGGCGGAUCCACCGUGGAUCGGCCGCCACAUGUCGCGAUGCAAGCGGACAGUGUGGAAGGUGUUGUGAUUGACCGAGAUGGAGAUGAAGUCAAUGACAGUAAACACAAACGUGUACGCGAAUCCAAUGUGGGACCCACUCAGGUUGAUGGGCCCCACCAGCAACAACAAAAUGUUGGAAAUUCAACUCGGGCUUCAUCUGUUAUAGCAAUGGACACGGUUUACCAAAACGAGGAUAAUGAUUCAAUGGAAAGUGUAGAGAAUCAUCCUGGAAAUAUCGAUAUUGAUAUUGAUAUUGAUAAUGAUAAUGAGGAUGUGCAACAGAGCACGUGUGUAGGUAUGGUGAGGGGGCAGGGGGUGAGUAGUACAAAUGAUGAUGAUGAGGUUUUAAAUACGGAGAAUGAGAAUAGGGGGAGGGAGGUUCAUGGUGGGGUUAGUUUUGGAAUAAGUGGGGGGAGUGUGGGAAUGGGGGCGAGUCAUGAGGCGGAGAUUCAUGGCGGGGUGGAUGCUUCUGUUCAUAAUAGGGCGGAGAGUGUGGUUGGGGAUAUGGAGCCCGUGGCUGAAGUCACUGAGAACCAAGGGCAAAAUGGGGAAUUUGCUGCGGAUUUUGUUCCCGAAGAGAAUGACAUGGAACAGAUGUCGAGGGCGGAUAGUGGGUCGAAGGUUGUGGGGUCCACGAAAGCAGAAUCUGUUGAAAGUGGAGAGAAUCAGAAGACUACCUCUAAAGAUGAGGUGACACAAGCGGGAAAGUCAUCUCCUACUGAUGAAUGUGGAUUCACAAAUGGAAUCGGGCCACCAAAUGGAGAAAGCAACUUUGAAGAAGGGGUGGAGUUUGAUCCGAUUAAGCAUCAUAACUUUUUCUGUCCAUGGGUGAAUGGAAAUGUGGCUGCAGCUGGUGUUGUCAACACUUCAACCGGUGGUGGUGGUGGUGGUGGUGGUGGUUUGGCUCUUUGUGGGUGGCAGCUAACCCUAGAUGCUCUUGAUGGAUUCCAAACCCUUGACACCAAUCAAACUGUUGAAUCAGAAUCUGCUGCUUCUCUUUACAAGGAUGAUCGUCAAAUAUCUGUUGAAAUCAUUGCCAAUUCGGUACAAGAAGCGUUCGUUCGUCCUACGCCAUUAUCGUUUCCUAACGCCAGCGAUCGCAGUAAUCAAUGGAUCCACAGCCAGAACCGGUCACUUACAUAUGUGGAGAUUGUGGACAGGAGAAUACGUUGAAGGUCGGUGAUGUGAUUCAGUGCCGAGAAUGUGGUUACCGUAUUCUUUACAAGAAGCGCACUCGUCGAAUUGUUCAGUAUGAAGCUCGUUGAAGAAGGGUUUAUGAUGGAAGAGCUCUCUCGUGGAUAUUUUCAAGUAUGUUUAUGUUUGUAACAGAAAUUGAGUGUGAAUUUUGGAUCUAAUGGUAUCCUCUAUUAUGAGUGUUUUAGAUAUCAUCCUCUGUUUUCAUUGUGAAAUUGUUCUGAAAAAUGCAAGUAUAUACCAUGGGUAUCUCAUCAUAAUGAUAACAUGCUACUAUAAAACAAUUACAUUUAAUGUGUGAAGAACCAAGCAUUUCUCUCAUUUCAUGUGAAAAUGAAGAAAUUCAACACUGAAGCAUCGUCUUACAAAAAAUCAUUAUAACAGAAAACUCAAAAUCAUGGACAAUUAUACAAAAAUCAUCAAAUUAGGAAAACUCAAAAGUCAAAACCAUGAACUUCUAAUAAUUUUUUACUUAAUGUGAUUUGGGCACUUGAAGGCAUCUAGGAUUAGGGGUGGGGGAAAUGAGUGGACUGAUAACUGGUCGUUAAGCAUGGUUUUUUUUUUUUGGAUUUUGGACUGAUUGCAACUGCACAACUUGCAAUGCAUAGGGUACAAGCUGUUAAAGUAGUUGCUAUCCAAUGUUGUAGAUGAGUUAUUUGUUGUUUUCUUGACUCUUGAAUGAAUUAGGAUUCAUCAAAAUGCAGAAAAAAAGAAAAUAUUUCUGUUUUGAUACAUUUUUUUUCGGAGGACUGUAAUUUCAUGAAUAUGUAAACCAAAUAAGGUGAAAUUGUUAUGAUAGUUUAAAGAAUUUUACAAAUAAAGAGUAAAACCAUAUGUUGAGAAGAUUAUAAUGUCAUUUCAUAUUCAAACAAAUUAGUUAUGAUAGUUUAAAGAAUUUUACAAAUUUAACAAUAUUAUGUACAACCGGUUGAAACCGGUUUUUUUUUACCUAGAAUUGAUUGAAUCAAACCAUUAAAAAGCUAAAACCGGAAAUUUGGAUUCAGAAAAACUUCCCUCUACAGAUGCUAUAAUAAUAAUAACGGUGAAUACGAUUCUAUAUGCAAUAAGAUUCUAACUAUUAAAACUUAAGAAUUGAGAAGGCAUGAUCAAAUAAUUCAUUUUGUCAUUUCUUAAUUGAUUCAUAGGCCAACAGUUUACAAUUUGUCUAUUCGAUUUUCCAGAUUUUGGUUGCAAAUAUCCACUUUGUUUUUGUUUAUGAAUAACGAUAAUUAUACGGUAUUAAAUUCGAGCUUUAAACUUGGCUCAUUCUCGCUUCCUAUAAUUUAUCUUAUGUAAAAAAAAAA